UCAGUAUCAAGCUCCCGUUACUGCUAGUAGUUACUACGAUCAAACUCCAACUACUGCUAGUAGUUACUACUAUCAAGCUCCAGUUACUGCUAGUAGUUACUACUAUCAAGCUCAAGUUACUGCUAGUAGUUACUACUAUCAAGCUCCAGUUACUACUAGUAGUUACUACGAUCAAACUCCAACUACUGCUAGUAGUUACUACUAUCAAGCUCCAGUUACUGCUAGUAGUUACUACUAUCAAGCUCAAGUUACUGCUAGUAGUUACUACUAUCAAGCUCCACUUACUGCUAGUAGUUACUACUAUCAAGCUCCACUUACUGAUAGUAGUUACUACUAUCAAGCUCCACUUACUGCUAGUAGUUACUACUAUCAAGCUCCAGCUACUGCUAGUAGUUACUACUAUCAAGCUUCAGUUACUGCUAGUAGUUACUACUAUCAAGCUCCAGUUACUGCUAGUAGUUACUACUAUCAAGCUCCAGUUACUGUUAGUAGUUACUACUAUCAAGCUCCAGUUACUACUAGUAGUUACUGCUAUCAAGCUCCACUUACUGAUAGUAAUUACUACGAUCAAGCUCCAGCUACUGCUAGUAAUUACUACUAUCAAGCUCAAGUUACUGCUAGUAGUUACUACUAUCAAGCUCUAGUGAUGUGUAUUAGUAAUCAUUAA